AAACCCGGAUCUUUAAUAUUAUAAACGCGCGCUUAGCUCAUUUCCCAGUCGCGCAAAAAGGACACGGCGUUCAAUCAAAAUCUCCCAUGACUCUAAUCUACGCUGACAUGUACACACGAAUACCUUAUUUUUCUUACCUUGGCAGAGUGUGAAAGAAAAUAAGCGACAUCAAAAGAAAGAAAUCCCCACCGAUCCAGGUGCGUUUUAGGUCACACACGUCAAGGUGUUAUUAUCAAAACAGCGACAACAUAUGGUGUCGAUUGCAUCAAAAGAUCUUUUCAAUAUGUAAGAGGGGGGAUGUGAUUUUCUAGUCGCGAAUCGGAGAUACUCCGGCAAGGUUCACUCGACCCAAUUCAAAUCCCCCGCGCCAUAAGUUGGAAAAGGAAAAAAAGAGGAGGAGGAGGAGGAAUGCUGCCCGCUCGGCCGGAUAUAUAAAAUAGGAGCAAUCCGUUGUGUUGUGCACAUUGUCAGUGAGUUGCCCGUUCUUGACACGCACACACACCCGGAGCCGAAUCAAAGAAAAAGGGGGGAGAAGGGGAGGAUUAAGGAUAUCCAUCCGCCAAACAAGACACGAUUUGUGUUACAAACGCGGUGGUAACGGUUAAGAAGAAGAAGAAGAAGAAGGAAGGAGAAUUAUUUUUUAAAUUUUAUUUUGAAUUUGAAAAGAAAAAUUCUUUGGGGGGAGGAGGGCAAACGGAGAAGAGAAAAACGGCCGGACACUUUGGAUUAUACAGCGGAGACGACGGCCAACGCGCUUCCAACGCCCCCGGAAUUGCUGGGCGACCUUUCUCACCUCCUUUGCACAAUAAUUUAAAAAACUGACGCAACUUAGAAAAAGCUUAUGCAAGGGACGGACAAACAUUUCAUCGCGUGCGUGAAUCAGUGCCAAUCGAAAUCGAGUGAAAAACAAAUUGAAUUAAAAACAAAAAAGUGCCGCUUCCGGAAUUGAAAUUCUAUUCACGACAUUGAGUUCUUAACUUGUCUAUACCUGCUGGCCCUCAUUCGUUCUGGGACGACGGACCAUGAGGCUGGCCAUCGUCUGCUUGAUUGCGGCAAUCAUGCUCGUCACUGCGGCCGUUGCUCGAUCUUCUUCUAGUCACAAAGAGGGGAAACGUCACCACCAUCCGCAACAGCCAAAGUCUCACAAGGCAACCGCUGCCGUCGAUCUGGCCAGGCAACUGGAUCGCAGCUGGAACAACAUUACGACAUUUCCGACGAUGAUGGACGGAGAGGAAGGAAUGACGCCUUCCCAGCCGGAAAGGAGCAUCGGCGGAUCGAAAAGGAAGAAAACGGGCAGCGGCGGUAAAAGCAAACAGCAGCAAGAGUGGGGCAAGAAACACAAGCGGAAGUUGGCCUCGCUGCUCAGUUUGGCCGAACAGGAUCGCAAACUCUCGCUGAUGCACCUGCCGCGACUGCCGGCCGCCACGACGACGUCGGCCCGAUUCGCCGCCGAAAAGAGUCACUCGACGGGCUUGGAAUGCUGCCCAACCGUCGUGGAAAUGGUCCAGCCGAGCGGCGGGACCAACAUGGAGGGUCACGUGGUUGAACUCUACCGGCACGGGGACCUCGACCAGAGAAUCUACGAGCAUUCGUGCCGACCGGACGUGCUCAACCAGCCGUGCCGAUUCGUCGAGAAACUUUUACGUCCACUCUCGCGCUGCGUCCAGCAGUUCUCCUUCACCUACGCCGUCGUCUCUGAUCAUCCGGCAGGAGAGGAGUGGCGGCUCGACUACAUUCGCAUCCGCAACGGAUGCUCCUGCGAGAUCCAACCGCCGUAAACAAGCGAAAAAAACCAACAACCAACUACUAAACAAAAUUGUUUCGCAACGACGGCUCUGCCAGGCACACACUUUUGUUUUCCAAGCCGAGGAGAGCGGAAUUUUUUUAAAAAGAAGAAAAAAUAAAGAGCAAAUGUUGAUGAUGAUGAUGUCAUUAAUUACCUCGUCGCUGGUGAUUAAAGUCGCGAGCAAAGACUGCAAACUCUUCCACACGCACUAGAAAAGUUUUAUGCUUUUUUCUUGGGGGGGAAAUGAAUGUCCCAAAAAGAAGGGAAAGAAACAAAAAUGUGGAUAUGAUACAAAUUCCAAAUGAAUUGUAAAAGAUGCACCAUCAUAUUCUACUUGUACUCUUAUAUCCAAUGUCCAAAAAACAUUUGUUUUCAAGGAACAUUCUCUAUGAUAAUGUCAGUCUAUUCCAGACUUCUCAGUGUCUCGAUGGUAUUGUACAUAUAUCUUUAUUCUCUUUCUUUUGUUUUUUAAGAAAAAUUUUAAUGAUAUUCUUUCCUCUGACUUUAUAUAACACACUACUGGUGAUUGCCAUCACAAGGCCAGCAGAUGUAGCCAUCACCUUCUCUCUCUGUCUCCCUCACUUUCUCGAUAAAAGUAAAUUUGAUUGUAUGUAAAACUAACUUUCAUCUAUAAUGACAAAAGACAUCAGUUCCCUCAUAAAUGUGGAUAUUACACAUCCUGUUAAAGUAAAAA